AUUGCAUUCUCUAAUUUUUUAAUUUUUACUCGUUAGAAAAACAAGAAGAAAAAAACACAUAACAUAGACUAUAAGUUAUAAACGCGAUCGUAGCAGCGAAUAGCCAAAGUAAGAUUCAUUGGAACGCUUGUCAAUUCAUUCCUAAAUGUUUUUGUACUCAUCAAAUAUAUUAUUAAUCCAUGACUUGUUCAUCAAAUCAAAUUUAUAUAAUACUAUUACCCUAGCUAGCUUGUGCUAGCAAGAAGAAUAAGAAGAAGAAGGAGCCAUGGCGAUGAUGAUGAAGAAGUGGUGGUUGGCCUCAAAUCAAAGCAACAAGCACACAGUGAAGGUGAACCAAUUAAAGCUUGAGUUAGGACUUUUUGGAGUCAACGUGGCCACUACUGUAAAUGACAAAUUAGCCAUUGAAAUAACAUGGAUUAAGAAAUGCAAUGAAAAUUCUUCUUCUUCUUUUUCUUGUAUGAUUCCCUUUCAUCGUACCUUAAAACCACCCUGCAGUCAUAUCACUCCCUGUCGUAGAUUCGUCGCUGCUGGGAAAACUCCUUCUCACGUUUGGGACAAUCAUGACCUCUGUGCCUUCAACCUUGGUCUCAAAGAUAUCUGCCAUGUCACAUUUAAUGUCUUAUAUGGACAGGGUGGUGGGGAAGAAUCAAAAGGUAAAAUGGUGGUGGUCGGAAAAGUUUGUAUGACUCUAGCGAUGGAGGAGAUGAAGACCGAAUCCAAUGUUCAAAGGAAGCUUCCUAUACGGUUGAAGGUCAAUGGAUUAAUCAUCGAAGCUACCCUUUUGGUUUGUCUAAGGUUGUUAUUGAAGCUUAGGAAUAAUUCUGAUUAUGACUCGGCAAUAACCUUUGAAAACACGGUAAAGUCAGAUAAGAAACUCGGGACUAUAGAAAAAGGAAAGUAUUUGACAUGCUUGAUAAAGAAAAAGAAUGGGAAGUUUGAUGAACAUCCAUAUGAGUCAGAUGGGUCCCCUGUGUUUGACUCUGAUGAGUCAUCGAACGAAUCCACAACAAGCGGUGGCAGUUCCAGUAGUAGUAGCAAUAGCCCCACAGAGUCAAGAGUUAAUUUUCCAAGUUCAGGGAUAAAGACAAGUUUGGAUAGCAAUAGAAGGUUCAAGGGGUGGGACUUUAAGACAGGAACCGCUCAAUUAGAAACUUCUACGAUCCAUCAAACUCCUUUCACGAAAUCAGAUGAACUUUCUCUACGAUCAAACCUUCAAGGCAAUUCAAGUAAAUGGGAAAUGAAAUACAUUUUAAGCAGAGAUGGCCAAUCAAAGCUCAAAACUAAUGUGUUUUUUGCUUCCUUUGAUCAACGAAGUGAAAAGGCCUCUGGUGAGAGUGCAUGCACAGUUUUAGUUGCACUAAUAUCUCACUGGCUCCAUUCAAAUCAAGGUAUACCAACAAGAACUCAAUUUGACAACCUCAUCACACAAGGUUCAUCUGAAUGGAGAAAAUUAUGCAAAAAUGAUUACUACUCAAAACAUUUUCCAGAUAAACAUUUUGAUUUAGAGACAGUCAUUGAUGCCAAUUUGAGACCUUUAGUUGUUCUGCCUCAGAAAUCAUACACUGGUUUUUUCUCCCCUGAGAAGUUUCAUUGCUUAGAAGGAGCCAUGUCUUUUGAUGAAAUAUGGAAUGAGAUAAACAACAUCAACAACAAGAACACGGUGGUUGAUUUUGAACCAAGAAUUUACAUAGUUAGUUGGAAUGAUCAUUUCUUUAUUUUGAAGGUAGAGGUUGAUGCUUACUAUAUCAUUGAUUCAUUGGGUGAGAGACUUUUUGAAGGGUGUCAAAGGGCAUUUGUGUUGAAGUUUGAUGAUUCAUGUGUGAUGUAUGGGAAAGUAGAUAAAAAUGAAGAAGAAGUUAAUAAGGAUGUGGGUACAAAGAGUAGUUCAAGAGGUGAGGAAAGUUUUGAAAUAGUUUGUCGUGGAAAAGAGUGUUGUAAAGAGUUUAUCAAAAGAUUUCUUGCUGCAAUAUCCGUAAGACAACUUGAGAAAGAGGAGAAGAAAUGGAGUGUUUCAAAUCCUUAUCUUCACCGGCAAUUGCAGAUUGAUUUUCAUUUUAGCUCUCCAUUAUCAUUUUCAACAUCUUCUAUGUUGUAUUUCUUAACAAAUGAACAUCUAGAGGCCUAACCACUGGACUAGGAAGGAAAAACUCAGUCACACAUUUAAGGAAUUUUGACCGUUGGAUGAAGAUUGAAUAACUUGUAUUACGACUUUAUAAAAUAAUCUCUAAACUAUGUUUUGGAAUUUUAAUAUUGUCCAAUUUUAAUAUUGUGAGAGUUUUUCUUUUAAAUUAAGUUUAAGAUUUUUCACUUACUA